CGCGCCCGCCCCGCCCCGCCCCGCCGGCGACGGGCGCCAGAUUGUCCUUCGAAGAUUAAUGUACUUUUACCUCAGUAUUUUAAAUCUGUUGACAGUUUGGGUAAUGAUGGCUCAGCUGCAGCAAGGAGGCCCAGAUGAAAAAGAGAAGACUACUGCAUUAAAGGAUUUAUUGUCUAGAAUAGACUUGGAUGAACUAAUGAAAAAAGAUGAGCCACCACUUGAAUUUCCUGAUACUCUGGAAGGAUUUGAGUACAUUUUUAAUGAAAAAGGGCAGUUGAGACACAUAAAAACUGGGGAGCCGUUCGUCUUCAAUUAUCGUGAAGAUUUGCAUAGAUGGAACCAAAAGCGCUAUGAAGCUCUUGGAGAGAUCAUUACUAAAUAUGUUUAUGAACUACUGCAAAAGGAAUGCCACUUGAAGAAAGUAACUCUCCCAGUUGAUGCAACUGAGAGCGAACCAAAGAGCUUUAUCUUUAUGAGUGAAGAUGCAUUAACAAAUCCUGACAAGCUGUUGGUCCUAAUUCAUGGUAAUGGUGUUGUCAGAGCAGGUCAGUGGGCUAGGAGACUUAUAAUUAACGAAGAUCUGGACAGUGGCACACAGAUACCGUACAUAAAGAGAGCUAUUGAGGAAGGCUAUGGAGUAAUAGUACUGAAUCCCAAUGAGAACUAUAUUGAAGUGGAGAAGACAAAAGCCCAAGUACAGCUGUCUUCUGAUAGCUCAGAUGAACCUGCAGAAAAGAGGGAAAGAAAAGAUAAAAUCCAGAAGGAAACAAAGAAGCGACGUGACUUCUACGAAAAGUAUCGAAAUCCACAAAAAGAAAAAGAAACUAUGCAGAUGUAUAUUAGAGAUAAUGGAUCUCCUGAAGAACAUGCAAUUUAUGUUUGGGACCAUUUUAUUUCCCAGUCAGCUGCAGAGAAUGUGUUUUUUGUUGCUCACAGUUAUGGUGGACUUGCCUUUGUAGAGUUGAUGAUUCAACGAGAGGCAGAAGUAAAGAAUAAGGUAACUGCUGUGGCGUUGACAGACUCUGUUCACAACGUGUGGCAUCAAGAAGUUGGGAAAACUAUUCGAGAGUGGAUGCGAGAGAACUGCUGUAACUGGGUGUCCAGCUCCGAGCCCCUGGACACUUCGGUGGAGUCCAUGCUGCCGGACUGCCCCCGCGUCUCUGCAGUAAUUGGUGACAUUAUAGGUAGGAGCUUAAGAAAAAUAAUAGCGAUGAUGAAAACUGGCAAAUUUAUCAUAGAUCCUUGA